CAAAUUGGUUGCUUCCCACAGUCACAACGGGUAAACACUUAUCAACUUUGCACAAAUGACAACUGAUUACUAUCGUUCACGAAGGCUUUCAGGUCUGAGUGAAAGUAAUGAGACUCCCACAUCGCCAUCAAGUUCACAAGCUCUGAGAAGCAAUCCUCUCUCAACUAAAGUCACCAGUGUCCUCUCUGCAUCCUACGCAGAUUCGGAUAUUCGGGAUGCGCUGGACCUUCUUGACAAACGCGGUGUGGAAAAUAAUGCUGAAACUCGUCGGCAGUUGAGAUCAGAUGUUCAAAAAGAAGUCAUCCAAAGCAAUGGCGAUAUCAUACGAGAAUUUGGCCACGUUGCCGAGGUGCGCUGAGGGUUCCCGGAAUUUGGGAACAUGAAUAUUGACUUGUACGUGGUAGCAACUUAAACGUAUCGGACUUACUAUAGCCAGUCUAAAUCAGGGUUGCGAAGAGAUGAAGCGGCAUAUUUCAUCGGCUCAUCAGGAAACCGCGCCGGUGCUCGAGGAAGCGUUAGAGCUGAUGAAUAAAAAAUCUCAAGUGGAAAGAAAACAGCAGCUUCUGACAGCCUUCAACGCCCAUUUCGUGAUGUCAGAGGAUGAUAUCGCAAUCUUGACAUCCACUGCCGAACCAGUCGAUGACAAAUUCUUUUCAAUUUUAGCACGAGCCAAGAAGAUCCAGAAUGAUUGCGAGAUUUUAUUGGGGACAGAGAAUCAACGUCUCGGUCUGGAAAUCAUGGAGCAGACUUCCAAAAAUGUCAACAGCGGAUUCCAAAAGUUGUUUAGGUGGAUUCAACGCGAGUUCAAAACUCUCAACCUAGAAAAUCCACAGAUCAGCUCCUCCAUACGUCGAGCUCUCAGAGUAUUGGCAGAACGACCAUCCCUUUUUCAAAGCUGUCUAGAUGCCUUUGCUGAGGCUCGGGAGAACGUGCUAAGCGAUGCAUUUUACACUGCUCUUACCGGGAGAACUGUGGGUGGAGAAGAAGAUGCUUCUGUGAAACCCAUCGAACUGGGAGCUCAUGACCCGUUACGAUAUGUCGGAGACAUGCUUGCAUGGACUCAUUCAGCGACAGUCAGCGAAAGAGAAGCACUCGAAGUUCUUUUCAUUUCCGACGGUAACGAAAUUGCGAAAGGUAUCCAAGCCGGCAGAGAAAAUGAGCCUUGGAGCAGGAUCGCAGUGGAUGAGGAUGGCAAGAGCGAGUUUGAUGCGCUCAAAGCGUUGAAUGAUCUUGUUGACCGUGAUGUUGCUGGUGUUGCAAAAGUACUUCGCCAAAGACUUGGACAAGUCAUACAAAGUCACGAAGAGACUAUAAUGGCCUACAAAAUUGCGAAUCUCCUCAAUUUCUACCGAGCUACGUUUUCGAAGCUUCUUGGAGAAAACUCGAUUUUACUUGGAUCUCUCAAAACCCUCGAGAAAUCUGCCUUGCAUCAGUUCCGAGACUUAGUCAGAGAUCAUGUGGCCGGUAUUCAAACGGAUAACCAAGUUCCUCCUGCCGAUCUUGGCCCACCUGAAUUCUUGCAAGAAGGUUUGAAACAACUCACAUCGAUCAUGAAAACAUAUGAGACCUCUUUCACCUCGAUUGACAGCAGGGAGGCGGAUUUUCUCCCCAUAUUGGCAGAAGCAUUCGAUCCAUUCAUGAAAGCAAGCAAGACGAUCUCCGAGGAUCUGGAGAUCCCAGAAAGCAAGAUUUACGCAAUCAAUUGUUUAUUGGCUGCCAAAAAUACUUUGGCAUCAUUUGAUUUUACCGACAAAAGAGUGCAAGCAAUCUCGGACAUGGUACAGAGUAACGCUGCCAGUCUGGUGGAAUAUCAAUAUUCAUUCUUCCGAAAGAACUCUGCAUUGGAGCCUCUGCUUCAAGUUCUUGCAUCACUAUCAGACUCACCUGAAGAUCUUGAAUCUAUCCGCAAUUUAGAGCCAUUCCAACCAGAGGCUUUGACUCAGGCAAGUCAAUCGCUGGAUGGGUUCCUUCCGUCGGCUUUGAUGGAUGCUAUGGAGAAUCUGAAGAAUUUGCAGAGCUCUAAGCUUGCAAGGGAGAUUACUGAGAACGCUGCAGAGAGGUUCUGCGAUGAUUUCGAGAAGGUGGAGGAAGAGUUGAUUACUGCGGAUGAGCUUUUGGAGGAGAAAGAUGUAUCCGCGGAAUUGGAACCUCUUCGUUCAUUCUUUCCUAGGACGGGAGGUGAAAUCCGGGUUCUGCUUUCUUGAGUUGAUGGGUAGGAUUGGGACAUUUGAGGGGUCUGGAGGCAGUCUCUUCAUAGAUCGUCACCUGAAUUCUGUGUUUAACCUGUGGCUAUCAGCCUCCAUGGAAACUAUAGAUUCAUGAGUUGAUGAAAACGGAAAAGCAGCCUUCAAGCUUCCCACGAUGCUUCUCCUACACGAUUAUAUCAAUGAUUCAUCAGCCAUAAUAGCUGUAUUCCACUAAACUCCGCUCCUUGAAAAAGCCCAAACUCCACUUAUGCACAUAAUUUUGCCAGCUUCUUCCAAAAAGACGACCAUCAAUCCCCUAAUCAACCAAACGGCCUCCCGUUAUCAUACUUCCUAACCAACCCAUUCAUCUUCUUCCUACUCCGACUUGCAACAAUGAUCGAGUACAUCAAAGUAACAAAUAACGAAAUACUAUGUUCCCGUUAGCCGUCACCUCACUUUACCUCCCCAUCCCCUCAUUAAUCAUCCUACGUCCCCUAUCCCCAUCAUCAACCAAAAGGGAAAAUACUUCUCACUCACCAAAGCGCAACCGAAAACCCCGUCGCAAGAAGGAUAUAAAUCCACGUAUAAAACCCACUUCCCGUCCUAUCAAACACCACACUCCCAUAGAACCCAAUGCCCGAACUCGCUAGUCCGAACAGCAACUUGAUGAUAUUGAAGAUCAGGAAGGUUUUGGGACGGAGCUCGGAGUACGAGUACAUGUGGAUCUCUGUGCAGAUGAUGCAGAGGGCGAUGAUCUCGAUGACGACGUUGAAGAUGUUUAGUCUGGAUUUUUGGUUUGGUUAGGUAGGUAUAAUGAAAGGAGGGGAGGGAUAUGGGGAUAUGGGGAUAUGGUGUGGAGGGGAAAGAGCUAGAAGAGGGAGGAGAGGGAGACGUACCGAGCGAUCAUCAAAUCAGAGACCCGUGCUAUCCCCACCAGCAUGGCGAUUAUGAUUAUGUAGGGUGGCAGCAAGGCUAAUUGUCCCACCCAAAGGAGGACGAGGAAGAGUUUGCGCCAUGGGGAGGCGGCCGCGUUGCUUAUGGGGCUGUAUACCAUUGUUCUUCUCUCCUUCCUCACUUAUUUCUCAUUUAUUCACGAUUUCAGAAAUGUCGACACGACAAAACGAAAGAAGGGAGAAGAGGAAAGGGAAAAAGGUUGGUAGGUAGGAAAAUAAAGAAAAACCACAAUCAAGUUUCGAAAUGGGAGGAGGCCGCGUAGGCAGUGCUUAUGUAGUAAUAUUAACGGUACGUACUGAAGUCCACCACCACACCACACCACACGCCCGCAUAGGUAUCAUCUCAUAUCACCAUGCACGUAGACACGGCAUGUCUAGCAACCGCGCCGUUUCAGUCCAUGUAAGGCUGCAGGAACGUCCGCCAAGAUCAUCUCAGCUCCUACUUCACCCAUUAGCGAAGGGAAUCAGUGUACACAGCCACCCUUCAAACCCGUGAGGUGUGAUGUGGAUGUGGGAAGUGCUGCAUGUGGCGCAAGCUGACUUGUUGGCUUGCCCGUGCUGUGUACGUGAGUGCAGGGUUUAGCGAGGAGGAUGGAUUUACGAGCUUAUGAAGUUACGAGUUAGCCAAACAAUGGUAAGAAGAGGGGGUUUAUGAUUAAUGUUAAGGCGGUGGCUUGUGAAAGAUAUGUUUUGAAGAAAUGCUGAUACGCUGGAAUAUACGAGCUAAUUUUGUUUAGAUUCCAUCGAAGUGGGUAGCCACAGAUAUGCCACAUAUGCGAGCAUUUCGGGUAUCGUCUUGAGCUGCUGGGCAAAUGGUUCAUUCAGAAUCGAAUAGACGAACAAGUCGUCCUAACAUGAUUAUGAUAUUGCAGGAAGACUUCGCGAUAGUAGAUUUAUUAUUCGUAGCAGUCCAAAAAAUCCAUGGAAUCGAGUCGGACAGAUUACAUGGCAUAUUUAUACAUUUUCCAUUCCUGGUCACAGCCUGUUCAUCUUAGAGUUGCCAUUAGUUCGUGCUCCUUCUCAUUUUCCCGGUUCUAUACAAGAGAUUCGGGGAUAACUAGCCAUCCUAUCAUCGACUGGAUUGACUCAACCCCAUCGUUCACUCGGUUGGUGAAUGAACCAUAGCAAGGACAAUCAAACUUUCGUUCUGAUGACUUUGCUCCUUAUGUCCUCGACCUUAGCCCUCACAGAUCACAGCACUUACAGUACUUCUCCCGUCCAUCGUCGUCAGCUAGACAAACCUCCAGACUAAAACCUCCCCUCAAGGCAACUGCGCAAGCGGCACCUCACUCCCCAUCAAUUCCGAUAUCUC